AUGUUUUCGAAAACGCUGUUGAAAACGGCAAACCCAGCCUUCAAAACAGGCUUGGGCUUGAGGUGCUAUGCACAACUACCUUUGCGGGUUCCUGUCCAGAUCCCUAACGGUAUCGAGUAUGAACAACCCACAGGGCUGUUUAUCAAUAACAAAUUUGUGAGGGCCAGGCAAGGCAAGACGUUCGAAGUGAUCAGCCCCGCAACCGAGGAGACAAUCACGCACGUGUACGAGGCACGUGAGGACGAUGUGGAAGACGCCAUCACUGCUGCAGACGAGGCUUUCAAAAGCGGGGUGUGGUCACAGGCGGACCCACUUGUGCGUGCCAACGCUCUGAACAAGCUUGCGGGCUACAUCGAAGAACACAAGGACAUAGUGGCGUCGAUCGAGACGCUCGACAACGGGAAAGCUAUCAACAGCGCCAGGGGCGAUGUUCAGCUUGUCAUUAACUACUUGCGGUCUUGCGCUGGAUGGUGCGACAAGGUGGACGGCCGUGUGAUCAAUACCGGCAACACCCAUUUCUCCUACACCGUCAGACAACCACUUGGUGUUUGUGGACAAAUCAUUCCUUGGAACUUUCCGCUCUUGAUGUGGGCUUGGAAGGUCGGUCCUGCCUUGGCUACUGGUAACACGGUUGUUCUCAAGACCGCCGAAUCGACUCCUCUUUCUGCUUUGUACGUUUCUCAAUUUGUGCCAAAAUCCGGCAUUCCACCCGGAGUUGUGAACAUUGUUUCUGGAUUUGGUAAAAUCGUUGGUGAAGCUUUGACUAACCACCCAAAGAUUAAAAAAGUUGCUUUCACAGGUUCUACUGCCACCGGUCGUCACAUCUAUCAGAAUGCCGGUCAGAACUUGAAAAAAGUCACUUUGGAAUUGGGUGGUAAAUCUCCAAACAUUGUGUUUGCGGAUGCCGACAUCAAGCAAGCUGUUCAAAACGUCAUUUUGGGUAUCUAUUACAACAGUGGUGAAGUGUGCUGCGCAGGCUCCAGAGUUUAUGUGGAGGAAUCUGCUCACGAUGAGUUUGUGCAAGAAUUGAAAGCUGCUGCUGAAGGCCUAAAGGUUGGCGAUCCAUUUGACGAGUCCACUUUCCAAGGUGCUCAGACUUCUCAAAUGCAACUCAGCAAAAUCUUGAAAUACGUUGAAAUCGGAAAAGAAGAGGGCGCUACUUUGGUCACUGGCGGUGAAAGACUAGGCACAAAGGGCUACUACAUUCAACCUACUGUGUUUGGCAACGUCACGGAAGACAUGCGCAUUGUGAAGGAGGAGAUUUUCGGACCUGUUGUCACGGUCAGUAAGUUCAAGACUGUUGACGAAUUGAUUUCGAUGGCUAAUGAUUCCGAGUAUGGCUUGGCUGCAGGCAUCCACACCACCAACAUCAACAAAGCUCUUGAGGUUUCUAACAAGGUCAACGCCGGCACCGUAUGGGUCAACACCUUCAACGAUUUCCACCAUUCUGUACCAUUCGGAGGUUUCAACGCUUCUGGUAUUGGCAGAGAAAUGGGUAGCGAGGCUUUGGAAAACUACACUCAGACCAAGGCCGUGCGCGUGAAGAUCUCUUUGGAGGCGAGCCCAUAA